CGACACCGAAAGUUAAGAAGUUGAAGCGGAUGUCGCCAGAGAUGAUUUUUAGCAAUGAACUAGCCUCUGGCUUGUCGGCUUCUCGAAAAAGCCCGGAUAUUCCCGAUACCAUUGUAGAUUCCCUUAGUCAAGAAUGUGAGUGGUUGCGGACAUUUGUUGCCUCCAUGCCAGAUGGUGAUUCUUUUGAAGUGAUUCUAGAUGGUACCUCGUUCCAUUACAAUGAAAAUGGAAAAAUUCAAGUAGACAAGAAUGAUAUUUCACAGUUCUUAAGAGGAGCAAAGCUAAAUAUAUCCAUUAUUCAAGUUUUCAUGAGAGCACUCCAACAUGAAUUGAACUCAAAUGACAAGGCUUCCAAAGUUGGGUGGCUAUGUCCAGACACUACUUCUGACACCAAAAUAAAAUCAAGCACAGAGGAAGUCAACGCAUACAUUUUCAAAGCAAUGAACGAAUCAGUAAAAUCCAGAAAUGAGUUUGUUCUGGCACCUAUUUUUGAAAACGACCAUUGGAUGCUCCUUGCAAUAUCUGUAAAAAAUUGCACCAUAUAUCACUUCGAUUCCAUUUGCUUGAGUUUAGGUCGAAAGAUAAAGAUGAAGACAAUAGUGAGACAUUUUUUUACAAGGUACAAGAUGUGUGGCAACCGUGUCAACAGGAAAGAGCCUUUAUGGAAAUAUGUGGAGUGCGCUCAACAAAAGGGAGGCCUUGAGUGUGGAUUUUACGUAAUGCGGUACAUGUUUGAUUUAGUCUCUUGCUGCAAUGAUGUUUCAGACUUAGAGAAGGUUUGCACAUCAAUGAGUGGAGAUCCUUUCACCGAUGAGCAAAUUGAUGAAAUACGAGACAAAUGGGCAUCAUACUUCACCGAACAUUGUGUGUAAUUAACGCUUCAUCGAUCUCUUUUUGUGGAUGUUUCAUGCUAUUAAAAUCAUAUAUGAUUGCCUUAUUAUAUUUUUGGUGCAAUUUUGUAACGUGUGAAGUGUAAAAGAUAUAUUUAUUAUAGACUUGAAACUAUUUAGUUGGUUUAUUUUGUA